GGCGUAGCCAAACCAACUCAAGAUAUCUGUUACUGGUAUGGAUUCCAUUUACGAUACAGAGGUUGUUUUCACCGAGAGCUUUGCGCCAAAACCAGUGCGGACGUUCGUAGUGAAUACUAAUGCCGCUUUGCAUUCCAUCAAUGCAAAUGUUGAGCCAUCUUCAGGCGUUUGCACGUUUCCCGCGAACAGUCAGUUCCCUGAUCGCUUUAUUCUUUGGAGAGCAGUUGGGCAGAAGCUGUUUCUCGAAGAAAGGUCUUUGUGCCGUACGAUAGUAGAUGGUACGCUGUGUCUCGACUUCUCGCGAACAGCAAUCCUGCCUGGCUCGUCGGUCUCUUUAUUCGACCAGAAUGUCUUAUGCAUCGUAGUACCAACACAAACGACUGUGCAUCGAUUUUGUGCUCGUCUCGUCCAUGAUCCAACGGAAUUAGUGGCAGAGCGGAUUUCUUCCAUACUUUCGCAAAUAGUCGAGAAGGAAUUUCUUGUUGAUAAUCAUACCUUCUAUCAACUCACAACCAACGGGCAUGCGUUUCGCGCAUCUGUUAUACACGAGCCGCAGUUUACCAAGAUCUCAUAUUGCAUGGCUGAAGGACAAUUGGUUGUUGUCACCCUACAUGCCAAUAAAUACGAUAAAGCAGAAGAAGUUGUGUUCCGUGAGUAUGGGUUAAUGAAGCGGCUUUUGGGCGAGGCUUCAUCAGGAGGUGUUUGCGAUGUAUCCGGUCUCGCAGGAGUGCGAAAUGGGCAAGAAGCGUUGGAAGAUGUUUAUUACGCUAUAUAUCGUGACGGUACAUUACGUGCCUGGAAUGCUGAGACUGAGAAAGUUCGUUCAAUUGAUGUUUGUAAGCUCGAUCUCACUGUGGACUAUGGCGAUACCUACUUGAAAUCUUUUUUCGUGAAGGCUUAUCUGAUAGACUCACAAGCUGUCAUUGUUGUGGCGAUUUCUACUUCUAGAAAUACUCAGUUUCACUUCGUAUCGGACAAGCACCGUAAACUCACGCAUAUGUUCAGUAUUGUUGCCAAAAAUGAUGAAACAUUGCUAGACUUUGGACUUACUCACAAAAACCCUGCUGCGCGUUCCCUCUGGGUCUUAUGGAACUCGAUGUCAACUGCAAAUGAGUAUAUUCUUAAGCACGUGGAUGUUGACAUGUUGUUUAGAUCACCCCAACAUGUGGGAACUUGGCGUAAAGUACGGCCAUACGCAGUUCGUAGCGCUGUCUCGCCUAGCAUGACUGCGGCUGAAUUGAAGAAUUUGAUUUUCAAUGUGGAUUCACAUCCGUUUGAUAUUGUUUUCAGAUCAGUGCAGAUAGUUUGUCAAGGCUUGAAAUGUGAAUGCGCUCAUGGAGACUGGUUAGCAUUAAUCGCGCAUGUGGACGCAUACCUAAGAUCUCCAGAGUUUGACGCUCACUACGCCCAAAAAGGUGGCCGCUCAAUCAAGUCAUCUUCGCUUGAUGCUCAAAAAGAAGGCGAACAAAGGUUCUUUUAUUCCCUCGGGUGCACUUGCGAUCAACUAGAACAGGCUGCUCGUGGCCCAGUCGGUCUUUUUUUGCUCGAUAUGCCAGGGUCAUUGUUGGCAGGAGUGGUGCAACAGGAUCGCUUUUCUGUGGUUGUGGAGGGUGAAAGGCAAAUGGUAGACGAGCUGGAGAGUUCUACACCUGAAGGCAUGGAUAAAAUGGUCUCUAUCGCAUUGGAGAGAGCUGCGGCUAAGGAGGAAGACGAGCUUGGGCUAUCUGAGUACUUGAUGUCGGACGGACCCGCCCAUGAUUCUACUUUCAUGCGAUCACAGACUGUGGUCCAGAAAUGGUCUCAAAUCAUUAGUUUGUUUUUGGAAGCCAUCCAAGCAUCUCAAUCUCCCACAGUAGAGCCGACUCCCGAAGACAGUUUAUUUGGUGGGUCCUUUACUUGCGGACUCAUAGCAGCACGACUACGGCACGUGGUGAAACAGCGUCUUGAUAUUGCGCGGAGCUUGCUAGCAUUAAUUCAGCUCUACUCUGAAGACAGUGGGCGUUUCGACUAUCCGAUGUUUGAGUUUUCUGAUCUCGAGAGGAAACUCAGCAAUAUCAUCAAUCAUUAUAGAUUGUUUGACGAUCAGCUGUCUCUGAAAUUGGCAAAGGAUAAUGUGCAGGUGUCUCUAUGUAGUUGGUUCUUCAAAGGAGAGGGCGUGGAUUGGCUGAGUAAGGUAGCGCACAUAGGACGUUUUGAAGAAGCUGACCCAUCCCCGGAAUUCAACGUUUUUCUGGACAAAAUACUCGAGGCUGGAUUACUAUUUCUAUCACCAUAUUCCACGCAGGUCUUCUUGGCCAGAUCUUUAGCAUUGCAUGAGAAGUAUGCAGUUUUGAUGAACCUUUGCACUUUAUCUGCAAGCAGUAUCCCUGAUGAACUUCGCCCUGUCAUGACAUUUUACAGUGCCAUUGCAAACUCUGGAAUAGGAAAACCAUUGAAAGCUAUGACCAAUUUUAAUCUUGCCGCUAAAGGAGUAACCGAUCAGAACAAGGCGCUUCUGACUGCUUUGUCACCUGUUGGCAAAACCCAAGAGAUCAACCUCGGAGAUUACUACGUAAUGGCUUUACGGUACCUGCAUGAGCACAGGCACAGCGAAGAAGUGGUUGAAAUGGCUAGGAGUGCUGUAGCUUCUCUGCCUCCCGGUCACGAGUGCACCUCUCGCAUCUACGUUACACUAUUCAAUCACCUCGUUAACCAAGGCAACUGGUGCGAUGCUCUUGAAAGUAUCAUGCAGAACAGUGACCAAGAAAUAAAGAUAAUGACCUUGCGCGAAUUACUAUCUCGAAUGUUGCACGCACGGGAUUGGAGGUCCAUUGUGGAGCUUUCUUACGGAAAACUUGAGGAGGAGGUGGAGAACAUCCUUCUGACCGCCGCGAGAACGCAGGAAGCAACUGCAAGUCCACAUCUGUUCAAACUGAUCUUUUCCUUCUACAUGAAGAGGAGUUACUUUGAAAGCGCAGCACGAGCUCAGUACGAGUACGCUUUCGUUUUGCGCACACAAGCUGAGCAGACGCCUGACCUACUGCUCAGACGACGAGAUGCUCUAGCAGUUGCUUCUACGUUGCUGGACCUUUUACCUAUCGAAAAUCGCUUUUUGUCGUUUCCGCAUGAGCUCGACGAAGAAAUUGACGGAGACGAAGUAGUAGAAUCUUCCACGGACAUCACACAAGAGAUGAUAGAUGUUGCAAUGGGCGAUGUUAUCGCAGACGAAUUGAAUAUGGAGGUGCCGAAGCGGACAGCUGUUCGUAGGAGAAUGUUCAUACUUUCAGCGGAAAAACUGUGUGAAGAAUGGGUGAUUGCAAAUGCUCGUGUGGCGUUGUUAUCCACUGGUAAAGUUCCACCAACUGAGCCAAAGGAAAUAGUGGAUAGUUUGAUAGAUAUCAAGAACUACGAUGUUGCGUUUGAUGUGUGCAGACAUUGUGACGUCUCCAUAUGCGACGUUUUAUAUGCCGUAACUCGGGAAGCAAUUAUGGUAGACGCAGAUCCACCAGAGGGUCCUCCAGCUUGGGUGCAAUUGAAUCAACGGAGAGCAGAAAAGCGUCUCAGAGGUCACUGGGCCAUUGUACGAGGACUGCUAGCAGCUGCUCAACGAAUCUGGCCAAAUGAUUCACGCCCCUUACGCGCGAUUACUCGCGCAAUUCUCAGUCACAAUGUCCCUAUACCUUGUUGGCUUGACGCAGAGUAUACGGAAAACGAUGUUAAUGGUUAUUUGCGGUGCCUUAUUGAAUACGGUGCCGUUAAGCAGGGUCUAAAGGUGGCAGCGAAUUGUGUGGAAGAGGAGACAAAGAAGGUGACGUCAACUGACUCUAGAGUUUGGUUGCCAAUUACCGCCAUCAAUGAUUUGUUGGAUUUGGGAAUGAAAUGCAAGGAAACAGCUCUACUAUCUGCCCUCAACGAAAGGAUACGCUCCCAUUUUGCUCGUUUGGAUGGUUUUGAGAAAGCUGCUAGAUUGUCGUGAUAGCUAGACUUUCUUUCCUCAUAACGAAACAAAAUACUUGUUGAAAUAUUUUGCAACUGUGCGAAAUGGAACUCGAUAAUGUUGUUGGUUUACUUGUUGGAUUUCUUAUUACGGUUAUGUAAUGAUCUUUCAAUCCUCUGCUCAUAUCACGUGCAUGAAGUAUGAGAAGAUAAC